CAGGCUUGCCACACGUUAGCUAUUUUAGCUAUUUUCGACUAUUUUAAAAACCGUAGCUAUUUUCAGCUAUUUCACGAAAAAUUUGCUAUUUUCAGCUAUUUUGAAAUUUAUGAUGAAAAUAAAGAAUUAACGGUAUUGAAAUGCAAUAUGAUCAACAUGAAUCAUCGAAAUCUCUGGGAAAUCAAACAAAUACAGCUGUUGAAUUUACUGACGAUAAAAUUCGUUUUGUUUAUUGUUGAUAUACUUCGUUGAAACAUACGAUAAUCAAUGUAUAUAUUGGUUGGCUUUUUUGCUAACUCAGCAAAGAAUUAUUUUGCUUGGUUUGUCAUUAUAAGUAACGUUUCGAAUUGAAGACAAUUGCGCGAAAUUAUUUCAAUUAUCAUAUGAUUGAAUUCAGUCGUCUUUCAGCAAUGAGUGCCAAAGGAACUAAAUUCAGCCAAGAAUGGCUAAAGCGAUCAGUGGAAUUCGAAGGCAAAAAUAUCGAACUUAAAAGUAUUUUUUCUCGUCACAGUGAAGUUGAGGUAACGUGUUUGGUAUGCCCGGCAACAGUUCACGUUCAGAGCAAAGGAUUUGCUGCAUUAGAACAACACAUGGGCACGGUUAAACAUAAGAAUCAAAUGAAAACGAAAUUCAAUGAAUUGCAACAAAAGUUGGAUUUUGAUGUCGCGUCGAAUCAAUCGACAAGUAGCAGUUUGGAAGCAACGAAAUGGAAAAUGCUUGCACCGAAAGAACAAACAACAAGAGCGGAAUUAUUAAUUCUACUCAACGGUUUAUCAAACAACUGUUCGCUAAAUGCAUUCGAUAAUUUGGGAUCUGUGUUAAAAUUCGCAAUCAGUGACUCAGAAAUACUUAAAUCGCUUACAUUGAAUCGAACAAAGGCAACCUAUAUUUUGAACUUCGCGCUCGGGCCGUAUUUCUACAAGAAAGUGAUUAAGGAUAUCAAUAGGCAGUUGUACUUCACACUGCUGUUCGAUGAAACUGUAAACAGUGCAAACAAGAAAGAACUACAAAUCCGCAUUCGCUAUUUUUCUAAUAGUUUACAGCGAGCAGUAACGCGUCACCUGCAAACAUUUUAUUUGGGCACUGCCACAGCGAAAAUUAUCGUUUCAAAGCUGAUUCAAGCCAUCAAUGAUGCCAAUCUGUCGAUUAAUAAUUUAUUAAUGCUCGGAAUGGAUGGACCGAAAACCAAUGAUCUUGUAAAGACAACAAUCAACAAUGAAUUGCUCGUGAAUCGCAAAGUGAAUUUGUUCGAUAUUGGUUCGUGUAAUUUGCAUGUUGUUCACAACAGUUUCUCGAAAGGAUUGAAGGCUUGUGGUGAUAAAUUGACGGGCUUGAUCAUUCAGACAUUCAACUGGUUCGACGGAUUUCCAGCGCGGCGCGAAAAAUUCGAAAAUGUGUGUAAACAAAAAGAAAUCGAAUGCAAAUUAUUGAUUAAACACGUCGAUAUUCGGUGGCUUACGCUAUUGGCGGCAGCAGAACGGUUUUUGUAUUUACUGCCAGCAAUACGAUCAUAUUUCAUGAACAUGAAAAAAGCUGAAACGAAGGGCAUUCAUUACAGAAACAUUUCCGGAUAUUUACGAGGAGCAGGAACAAAUGACGUUGAAUUGAAUCUCUUAUUGAUAAUUGAGAGCGCCACCUUGUUCAACGAUUUUCUUGUGAAAUUCCAAUGCACUGGAACAUUAAUUCACACAAUGUUUGACAGUUUGAAAAGUUUACUUUUAUUGAUAGCAACCAAAAUCUGCAAACAGUACGAAAUCGACAUUGAUAUUCAAACGGUUAUCAACGCAGAAAACUUACUUGAUCCGAGCAAAAUCAUUUUAUCAAAUGCCAUCAAAAAUCGAAUCGAUAAGCUUAAGCGCCAAGAAGACGAUGAAACUAUUGAAGGAUCGUUCAAAAAGUUAUAUCAACAGCAUUAUUUAAGUGCCGCGCAAUAUCUCAUCCAAAAAGUUAAUUGGGAAAAUAUUAAACUGCUCCGAAUUUUAUCACCGGCAUACCUAUCGAAAGAGCAUAUCGCUGACACAUUGAUCUUGGACAAAAUAUUGGAACAUAUGGCGGAAGAUGGCAAUAUGAAUCACAAUAAAUUGCGUGACGAAUAUAAAUUGGUUAAAGUCGAAAUAAAAUCAAUGAAACAAGCUGAUGUGGUCAACAGUGACAGAGACGUAGAUUCAUUCUGGGCUCAGUUUUUCCAGUCAAAUGGUGAUAAAUAUCCACAUUUUAAUCACUUCAUGAAAUCGCUGCUAUCAGCUAGCCAUGGACAAAUGGACGUAGAAAGAGGCUUCAGCUCGUCUUCUUUGAUUUUAACUGAAGAUCGUGCGAAAAUGAGCGAGCUAACGUUGAAUGCGCGAAUUAACACAGUAGAGGCAAUCAGAAGCGUUGGAAAUGAUGUCACAAAAAUAUUCAUCGACACAGAUCUUAUCGCAAUGGCUCAAAAUGCACGCAAACAAUACCAAAUUUAUUUGGAUGAAGAGAAAAAGAAACGAGAAGAAGAAGAAAGAAGUAAACAAAAACAAAGAGAGGCGAUCGAGCAAGAGCAAUUGGAACGCAGUAAACGUAGACUCGAAAAUGAUGAGUUGACGGAAAAAAUCAACGAAGCAAAGAAACGAUUUGAUGAUAAGAAAUCGAGUAUUGAUGAGAUAACUAGUGCUGCAGAAAAUAUGUUAUCUACUGGAUUAAAAACAAAAAACUUUGAAACAAUGACAACCGCACAAGCUAUGUUCGACAAUGCAAAAAAACAACGCGAAGAACUACAAGCAAUUCAAAUCGAAAUCGAUAAUCUGUCAAGAGCUAAAAGACAGAAGUCCGCCUUAAUAAGUGGUUAUUUUUCAAAGAAAUAAUGACCCGUCAUUUUUUGCAGUGUCGAACAUCGUUUAUGUUUAUAAACAAAUGAUAUUAAUAUUGAUAUAGAUCAUUGGCAUGCACUGUUUUCUUAUUAUUCAUCAAUAAAAAACGAAAAGAAACGAAUAUAUGUUUAUUGUUUGACCUUAG